GGCGGGGCGCGAGGCGCGCCUACUUGGGCUGCAGCCCCCUGUGGGCCUUCCUGCUGCAAGGCGCGCGGGAGGAGGCACGGCUUGGCGGGAAGGCGAGGAGAGCCUGCGGAGCCUCCGGGGCUGGCGGCGGCAACGAGUGGAAGCCGAGGUUCGUCCGCAGCACGCGCAACGCAGCAGAAGGUGGCUGGGCCCGGCGAAGCCGCGAUGAAGCCGAGCAGCGAGGAGGAGGAGGUGGUCCAGGGCGUGGGCCCCUGGGACGAGUGCUUCGAGGUGGCGGUGCAACUGGCGCUGAGAGCCGGACAGAUAAUCAGAAAAGCCCUCACAGAAGAAAAACAUGUCUCUACAAAAACAUCCGCUGCAGAUCUUGUGACAGAAACCGAUCACCGAGUAGAAGAUCUAAUUGUUUCUGAGUUGCGAAAGCGGUUCCCUUCACACAGGUUCAUUGCAGAAGAGGCCACAGCCUCCGGAGCCAAGUGUGUGCUCACCCACAGCCCGACCUGGAUCAUUGACCCCAUCGACGGCACCUGCAACUUCGUGCACAGAUUCCCCACUGUGGCAGUUAGCAUUGGAUUUGCUGUUCACCAGGAGCUGGAAUUCGGAGUGAUUCACCACUGCACAGAGGAGCGGCUGUACACCGGCAGGAGGGGCCAGGGUGCCUUUUGCAAUGGCCAGCGGCUCCAGGUCUCCAGGGAGACAGAUCUCGCGAAGGCCUUGGUUCUGACAGAAAUCGGGCCCAAACGUGACCCCGAUACUCUGAAAGUAUUCCUGAGCAACAUGGAGCGGCUGCUACACGCAAAGGCUCAUGGGGUCCGAGUGAUUGGGAGCUCCACCUUGGCGCUCUGCUACCUGGCCUCGGGUGCCGCCGAUGCCUAUUAUCAGUUUGGCCUUCACUGCUGGGACCUGGCGGCUGCCACAGUCAUCAUUAGAGAAGCGGGUGGCAUUGUGAUGGACACCUCAGGCGGACCCCUUGAUCUCAUGUCGUGUAGAGUCGUUGCUGCUGGCACCAGAGAGAUGGCGGUGCUCAUUGCUCAGGCCUUACAGACUAUUAACUACGGACGGGAUGAUGAGAAGUGAGGCACAGGCAGAAUGCGGCUCGAAGGCUGAAAUCCAACAGCUCCCCGGGGAAGAGCUGUCCCGGUGGCCUGGGCUCCGAGACAGAAGUCCACCCUCGCUCUCACUGGACUUGGUGCUUAGCUGACUUUUUUGUACGCUCAUAUAGCCCUUUUCAGGUCGGUACAUGUUCUUUCAUCAGAGCCAAACCCAAAUCUCGUGUGAGGUGUGCAUUAGUCAUUCAUCUUGAUUGUUUCUCCAGAGUGAAAAUCUCAGGUCAUAAAGCUUUAGAACUUGCUCUCAGGCCCUCCUCUGCCCAUGGUAAUACACAAUGCAAUAAAUCAGAAUCACAGUGUUCUGCUUCUCGUCCCCCUCCAGCCUCUGGUUCUCAGGCUUCCCGAAACCCUAUGCUGGGCAGGCAAGGCCGUUUCUGCUAUCACCCCACAGGUUGUCUUUGCUCAGCUUGGAUGUCUGGCACCACAACCUUGGCAAUGAUGAAAAUGUUUCCCCCAAAUACCAAUCUCCUGAUCUACAGGCUGUAUUUAACUGCACACAGAUAAUCUUUAGCCAUUUUUUUAUACUGCCUUUAGUGGACCUUCAGGGAGUAUUAUGUGUGCUAUAUAAAUUAAAAUGAUGUGUACAGAACCUUAUUGAAACCUACAUGUAUUAAAAGGGGGAAAAUAAGGAACUGAAAAACAAUACUAAAAUAUUUUGUGACAAACCUUUUUUUAAACAUAAAAUCUUUAAGGAGUUGCAACUUUUUAAA